AAUGAAUUCUGCUUUAAACACCCAUUUGGUGCUGUUAUUGAUGGUGUUUGCCCAACUACCUUCUUCCUUUACUAAAGGUACCAUUCAGGUAAUUGGUUCAUCUCACCCAAUAGUGGCUUUAGUGGGUGAUGAUGUCAUACUGCCAUGCUACUUGAACUCCUCCAUAAGCGCCUCAGACGAGACGGUGGAGUGGACAAAAUAUAAGCUGGAUCCCAGAUUUGUUUAUGUGUGGCGUGAUGGUGGUGAACUGGAAAGUAAAAAGAAUCCCUCCUACAAAGGAAGAACAACGGUAUCCAUCUCCAAACUGAAGCAUGGAGACAUUUCACUGAAUCUGUCUAAAGUGAGACUUUCUGAUAGGGGAAGAUAUAGAUGCUUUCUUCCAGAUUUUGGUGAAACUUUAUUGGAGCUCAUUGUUGGAGCUGUAUCCCUACCUGUAAUAGUGAGUGUUCAAAAAGCCAUGACUGGAGUUGCAUUACAGUGUGAGUCUGCAGGCUGGUAUCCAGAGCCUGAGCUGCUGUGGUUGGACGGUGAGGGAAACCUCCUCUCUGCUGGACCUACAGAGACCCUCAGAGGUCCUGAUGACCUCUAUACUGUCAGCAGCAGAGUGACUGUGGAGAAGAGACACAGCAACAACAUCACCUGCAGAGUCCAACAGAGGAAUACCAACCAGAGCAGAGAGACACACAUCUACAUUUCUGAUUAUUUUUUCACGGCCCCACCAAAUCCUGCAGUUUGUGUCACUCUGCUCACUCUCUUUGUUAUUUCCCUUUUCUGCAUUCUUCUGGUGAUCUUUGUUUGCUGGAUACAGAGAAGGAAAACGAUCAGGAUUCAGACAAACCACGCUGUAGCUCUGAUGGAACAAGAUUGAGACAAGUAGAGCCAAACGGAGAAAUGGAGACUCAUAAGAUGUUGGAAAGGAGAAGACAAGAGAAUUAAUCAGUGACGGUAUGCUUGCAUAUAGCUUGUUUAUUUCAGAACCUUUCGUCUUUCAGCUGCACCAUUUAGGGUUGACAGAGUGGAUUAUCUGUGUCAUCAAUUUCUAUCUCUAUCCUCCUGUCACACCAACCACAUCCUCCUUCGCUACAUUCAUAAAUCUUCUCUAAUUCACUGAGCUGUUUCGUCCGACCCAUUACUUGACACACUUCUUGAGGCAAACACAUC